AUGGCUCAUUUUCUUUUUAAUAGUGUUUUUACCGAAACUCAUCCAGAAUUAGAUUCGUUAAAUACUAGUAUUUUAGCUAUACAAAAUAUCUAUCAGUCUACAUAUUCAGGAGAUAUUGAAGAAGAUAAAAUUAAUUUAAUAGAAGAAGAGCAAGAAAUUGAUAUUUUAGCAGAUGAACAGUUAAAAAAUAUUGAAAGUAAUAUUUUUUCUAAAACUCAAAUUAUCAAUUUUUAUAAAAAAUAUAAUCAAAAAGUAGAAACUAAAUUAAUUGAUAAUGAUUCUAAAAAUAACAAAAUACUAACACAACAAGAUAUUGAAGCAUUUUGUCUUAAGUUUGAUACUUUUAAUUGCUGUUUAACUUGGAAUUGUACUAAAAAAAUUAAUCGUGAAGUAACUAUAAAAAAAUGGAAAAAUGUUCAACUUUUAUCAAAAGCUGAAAAAAAUAUGCUAUUAUUAGCUACACUUAAUGCUUUAACUAGAAAAGAAAAUACUACAGAAUAUGAAAAAGAUAAAAAAUAUUAA